CUUCACAAAUCUACAGAGCAUCGUCCGCAUCCGUGUUCAUUCAGGGGGGAAAGAUGAAGAUGUUGGUCUGCUCCAGUGUUCUCCUCUUCCUCUUCGCCUUUUCACUCUGCGAGGCCAGAGUCAUUCCAGAAGGAGUUCCUUACGACGAAGCUCCAGCCGUUCCCUACUGGCCGUACUCCACCUCCGACUUCUGGAACUACGUAGAAUACUUCAGAUCCAUCGGCGCCUACAACCACAUCAACGAGAUGGCGCGGACCUUCUUCGCCCACCAGCACCUCGGGGACACCCUGGGGUACGAGACCAACGAGGGGCACGAGCACUGAGAUGGGGCUGGGAGGAGGAAGAGGAGGAGGAGGAGGAGGAAGGAGCUGAUGUGAUGUCCUGCAUGAAUAAAAAAGGAAUGCAUUUUAUGAGAAAAGAGGAAUGAGGAAAUGAGUAAACAUGAUGAGGUGAUACUUUAUAGACCCGUGUAUGGAGGGUAAUCACGUGUCGAGCAUGGAGCCCGUUGGUGUGUUAACUUCAUGUAACACAAAUAAAUCCAACAUAUUUCCAAAUAUGCAACGUCCAAAUAAAGAGAGAAACAAAA